UUCAAUUUAAACUCCAGAGGUCCGCGAGUGCUUAAGAGUUUCUGUAUAAACGCUUUAUACUGCUCUUACACUGACUUUAAAAGCUUCUGAAAAUGAGUGGAAACGUCGAUUCAGCAGAAGGAGCUGAGAUAUCAGCUGGGAUGGAAGUCCGGAUCAACCGAAGAAACUUUCCCAUCAACUUGUGGAAUUUGGUGAAUGAUCCUCAGAUUUGUUCAAUCAGCUGGGAUGACAGAGGGGAAGGAAUUCUAAUCUGUCCAGAUUCCUUCAAAGCUGAAGUGCUGUCUAAAGCCAAGGACAAGAUCUUCAGAACUACUAAUUUCAUCAGUUUUGUUCGUCAGCUAAACCUGUAUGGCUUCACAAAAGUUUGCCCAGACUAUAAGAUCUCAUUGACAGAAGUGAGCUUCAUACAGCACUAUUUUAACCCCAACUUCAAACGGGCCAACCCGGAGCUUCUGGCGAAGCUAAAGAGACUCACACCUUCCAACAGGGCCAAGCUUGCCACUGGGCAAGAUGUCUCCAACCACCCAAGUACUUUUCAUCCAGUGCUGAAUUCACCUGACAUCUCUGCUGUGGUCGAGAAUGAUUGCUGUAUCCCAGGCUCUUUAGAUUCCAACAUGCCCUGCUCCCAACAAGAAGUUGCCUCCUCCGCUCAUUGUGGCUAUUAUUCUGACUCAUAUAGCCACCCCCAGUACACUGGCCAGGAUCCAAACUGGGACUCAGCUCAUGUCCAGGACGACUUACUUAGCCACCUUCUGUACACUGGGCAGGAUCCAGAUCCCAGGGAGAAUCACAUGAACUUGGACACUGUAUUUGAUGCAGAAGAUGAAGUGCAGGCUGCUGAUUUCUUCACUCUGCUUGACUUGUGAAGACAGUUAAAUAUCAUUAAUUAUUUAUAUUAUAUUUAUUUAUAUUUAUUAAAUAAUUAUAAUCAUUAA